AUGAAACGAACGAGAAACGUCGUCGCCGACGACGAUGCAAAUCCAGCAGAGCUAGAGAAAGGAGGACAGGGAGGAGGAGGAAAGAACCAUUACGAUGUCAACGAGGCCACGCUCGUGGCGAAACACUACUCCCAAAGACAAAACCAAAAUUUAGAACAGAGAAGACAGUCCCCGAUUUAUAACUUGAGGUGUUUGAACAACUUUGUGAAAUCAACUCUGAUACAAACGGUGACAAAGAAGGACGACCGAGUGAUGGAUUUAGCCUGCGGAAAGGGUGGAGAUUUGGGCAAGUUUAAGAAGGCUGAGAUUGGGUAUUAUUGUGGGAUUGAUAUUGCCUUAGAAUCCGUUCGACGAGAUGCCAUCCAGAGAUACAACAAAGGCGACUACACGUUUCCAGCGACGUUUAUCGCCGGCGACGCAUUCGUCCACGACUUGGAAGACGUUUUAGGAGAAAAAGUGAACGGUCUCUUUGACGUUGUUUCAUGUCAGUUUGCCAUCCACUACUCGUUCUCGACGGAAAAGCGUGCGCGCAAAGCGUUCGAGAACAUAAGCAAAGCGUUGCGCCCGGGCGGGCACUUUGUAGGAACGACGGUCGAUUCGAACGUUCUAGUGCGAAAUUUAAGGCAAACGGACGGUUUAUUAUUCGGUAACGAUGUCAUUGAAGUCAAUUUUGACGAGAAGCAUUGUAAGAAAGAGUUUUUACCGCCCGGUUUUGGCAUCGAGUAUUCGUUUACGCUCGAAGACGCUGUGACUGAUUGUAAAGAGUCGUUGGUUCCUUUCGUUACUUUUGCCGAGUUGGCGAAGGAGUACGACUUGGAAAUCAUGAGGUGGACAAACUUCCACCAGUACGUGCACGAAAUGCUAAAUCUGCCCAAAGAGGGAAAGUAUCGAUCCGUGCACGAGUUGUGGCUUCAUUUGAUGCAACCGCCGGGCGGUAGCCCGGCGGAUGGAAAAUCGUUGGUGCCCAGAAACGCAGACGGUCAGUCGCUUCUCUACGCCACCGCUGUGAAGCCUUUGAACAAAUCUUUAAACGCCGCGUUAACAGAGCAAGAGUGGGAAGCCGCUGGAUACUACACGACUUUCAUUUUGAGGAAGAAAACGAAAGCAACUGCGGCGGAUGAGGCGACGAAAGAAAUACAAAAGGUGGUGAACGAACGACCGCCAAUUCCGAAAUCGCAACCGUUGUCCGCGAAAGAUGUUCUCGUUUUAGAAGGUGCGGCUUAA